AUGAGAUAGACUAGCGCUAAGAAAGGUUUGACCAUAUCCUCCCACUUCUAAGUUCUAAUAGCAACCGUCAUCUCUGAGCAAUAUUGCUAUGCAGUCGUUUAUCCGGCGAAUUUAGCUUCGGCGGUCGGCCUGAACUCCUUCAGCAUGGCGGCCGCAACCGGCUGCUCUUCCUCACUAUACCCCUUUUCAGUUUUGGUCGCAUCCUCGUCCUCUCAAGGUUGGGCUCUCCCCCCCUUAGCAGAGAGCACCUCGAGGUCCUUCAAGUUCAGGGAUGAUUGGGCUUUGCAACGGUCGAAGCCCUUUGGUUCAGGAGGGAGCUACUUUUACGGUUCCACCCCAUGGGGGAAGUGCAGAUGCAUAUCGAGAUUGACAUGUUAUGGCAGCAUCAUUAAAGUGCGGUCGUCUAACAUAGAUAUUGAAACUGGGAGUUAUGAAGAUGGGAGUCGAGAGAUCAGCCAAAGGAAUCUGGAAAGGGGUUCUAAUUCUCAGGCUUCUCCUAAAUCGACGAAACAUCUGUCUGGAAUUCAAUAUCCAUUGUCAAUUGCUGGUGUGUUACUAGUAUGCUUAGUAGUGUUCUUAGCUAUUGCAUUCACGAAGGGAGGCCCUUCUGCAAUUGUAGCUGGGCUAGCUAAGUCAGGGUUCACUGCUGCAUUUAUGCUGAUAUUCGUUUCUGAGAUUGGAGACAAGACCUUUUUCAUAGCUGCCUUGUUGGCUAUGCAAUAUGAUAAAGCACUGGUUUUGUAUGGAUCAAUGGGAGCUCUUUCACUGAUGACGAUACUGUCUGUGGUAAUUGGACAGAUAUUUCAGUCAGUGCCAGCACAAUUUCAAACUACAUUACCCAUUGGAGAGUAUGCUGCAGUAGCACUUCUUGCAUUCUUUGGUUUAAAGUCAAUAAAAGAUGCUUGGGAACUUCCAUCAAACGUGGAUAAGAAUCGUGGAGCAGCUCCAGAACUCGGUGAGCUUGUUGAAGCUGUGGAGCUUGUUAAAGAAGAGGCAUCUAAAAAUCUCAGAAGUCCUCUUGAGAUCAUUUGGAAGUCUUUCAGCCUUGUUUUCUUUGCGGAAUGGGGUGAUCGCUCAAUGCUGGCUACUAUUGCCUUGGGAGCUGCACAGUCUCCUUGGGGUGUUGCCUGUGGAGCAAUCGCCGGGCACCUGAUAGCAACAUCUUUUGCCAUAUUAGGUGGAGCUUUUCUGGCCAACUACAUUUCAGAAAAAUUGGUUGGCUACAUUGGUGGACUGCUUUUCCUAAUUUUCGCUGCAGCGACCCUUUUUGGAAUUAUAGAUCUAUCCAGAAAUGUGUAUUGA